UGGGAGGGGAUAAAGGAGCAGUCAUGUGAUCAGACGGAGACAAAACAAUCCUGAAUCACUGAGAGUAAGUAUUCUGCUGUAAAGUGAUUUCCAGUGGAUCUACUGUACGUGAAAGUAGUUAGAUAAUGGCUGUCAGCUGGCCAGUCCUGGUCAUUUUGGUGCAAGCUUUUAUUGUGCAAGUGAAGUUAUGCGAAAUUCCUGAAGGAAACACACGUCUGAUCAGGUCUUUGAAUCUAAAGUUAUUAAGAACAAUGCUGGAUGUGCAUCACGAUGCCAAUCCCAGUGUCUAUGUUGGACUUCGUCUUUCUGAAGAUCACAAUCUGGAAAAAGAGGAUGAGUACUUUAAGAGACUAAAAACUUCAGUGGAGACCAUAUCCCGGAGCAGCCUAAAUAUCAAGGAAGGUGAGCCAAGGACUGGACUACUUGCUCUCCAUUUGCUGGCUCAGAAGGCUUCUUGUGAGGUUACAGACACACAUGUAAGGAACAGGUUAAUCACACAUCUGAAAUACCACCUUCACCGUGAAAAGGAAAAUAUAGCCCUGCAUAACAAACCCUUAUCCAGCUACUAUCAGUACAGUCUGGGUAUUCUGGCUAUGUGCGUCAGUGACAAGACGAUGGACAGACACGUGAUACACAAGCUCAUCCUUGCAGCAGAACACAAUCAGUUGGGCCACGGAGAAUCCAUCUCUAUAGAUACAGAGGCGAUGGCUGGCUUAGCACUCCUAUGUGUGAAAAAACGCAGUAGUUAUCCCCGUGAGCUCAUCGAGGAAAUCAAGCGGGAGGUUAAAAAUAUUAAAGAAAAGAUUUUGGCAUCUCAGAGGCCUGAGGGGCAGCUGGGAAACAUCUACAGCACCCCACUUGCUGUGCAGUUUCUCUCACAAUUGAUUGGCAAAAAAACAAAAGAAUCCUGUUCUAAGGCAAUGUCUGCCCUGGUGGAAGCCAUGAAGCAAGGAAAGUUCUCUAACCCGGGGAUGAUGUCCCAGCUAAUACCUGUUUUGCACCAUAAAUCUUACAUGGAUGUGGCUAAUGUACAAUGUGGAAAAAUUGAAAACGAUCCAUUGGUAAUCCCCACUUCAACCUCCCCACCCAAUACUGACAUUGGUGAAGAUCUGAUCCAGGUCCGGCUGGUGGUAGAAGGCCAGAAGUUCAAUAAACUCUUUGAAGUCCAUUCACAGUCCUCACUCCUUGACAUACUCAAAACCGCACGGAAACAGAAUUCAGAUUUCUCAUUUGAAACAAAAGACUCACUGCACGGACCUUUCCUGAUGUCAGUCAAUGAUGUCAAGGGCUAUUGGCAGCUUCUCAGGGAUCCAGAUGUUUCCUUGUUAGAAGGUAUUGCUGAUUACAAGCCCAAGAAUGGUGAAACGAUCAUCCUGCGACCUGGAUCGUUAUGAUCUAACAUAACGCCAUGAUUCAAGACCACUAGAGUGUUUUAUUACUAUUCUGUUAGAAGGCAGAUCAUCCUGCCAGUCUCUAGAGCAGGCAUUCCCAAUCACGGUCCUCAAGGCACACCAACAGUGCAGGUUUUAGUGAUAUCCAG